GGGACGUCUGAAGCUAGCUAUUACAUCUCUAUACACUACAAACUCAACACUUGCUUCGAGUAUUAGCUAGUCACUCAUGGCACUGCCUUGUGGAAGUGGGAGGAGGUGGUCGGGGGUAGUAAAGAUGACUUGGUGCUUGUUCUUUCUCAUACCAAUGUCAUUAGCUGGAGAUAGAAACACUGACACCAUCAAACAGGAGAUUCAGGAGCAAUUGAAGCGCCUUAACAAGCCUGCAGUUAUAUCCUUUCAAAGCCCGGAUGGAGAUAUAAUCGACUGCGUACCUAUCAACAAACAGCCAGCUUUGGAUCAUCCUUUGUUAAAGAAUCACACAAUUCAGAUGAGACCAAGUUCUUACCCAAAAGGGUUUUCGUUCGAUGAGAGCAACGGCGCCUCUUCAAACUCCAAGCCUGAAAUUACUCAGCUAUGGCACUCGGUUGGAAGGUGCCCAGAAGGAACCAUUCCCAUAAGAAGAAUUAAAGAAGAAGAUUUAUUAAGGGCAAGCUCUAUAGCAAAUUUUGGAAGGAAAAAAUUCCCUUCCAUCCCUAAGUAAGGAGAAAGAGGGAAAAAUAAGAAGAGGAGAAUUAUUUUUUUCUUCCCUUCAUGUCACACCAAAUGUACC